CUACAUGGACCAGAGGGACAAUGUUAGAUUUUUGAAUAAAAAUAAAUUCUUUAAAAAUAAAAAUAUAAUAAAUUCAAAAACAAAAGUAAUCAGUACCGUCCACGGACGUUUCAUCAGGGUCGAGGGAAAACCAAAAUCCGCCAUUUUUCUCGUUUAUCUCUCCUUAAAAAAAAAUAUAAAAAAAAAAUAAAAAUAUUAACUCUUAGUUCGCACAUUUAUUUUAUUUUCUAUAUUGUUUGAAAAAAAAAUAUAGAUAUAUAUAUAUAUAUACAAAAACUGUAGAAAUUUGCUAAAAGCAUUUAAAUUUGUUUUUUAUCGAUGAAAAAUAGAAAUGGCAAUUUCGUAUAUGCAAGUAGCUCUUGAACAGUAUUUAUACCGACCUUGGCUAUUUGAACUUUGAAGCCAAACAGACUUUCCCGCUCCGCAGAAAUCCCAUUCCCUCUCCAAGCUUCGUAAUCGUAAAUGGCGAAUUCGAAACCAAUCGCUCAAAUUCCAUCGCAGGCCGUAUGUUCAGGUGGUGGUGGAGUUUGUAUGAUGAGAAACACAUGGAGAGAUGAGCAAUCCCCAGCUUUCAUUAAUUUCAUCUCCACCUUCCUUCGUGAAAACUGUUUCCGUCUCAAUUUUGUUUCAAUCACCCCCGACUUUAUUUUUAAUUGUGGGGGCUCAUCAGUAGCAUUCAUCUUCGUGACAAACUGGGGUUCUAACAUCUCCCCACUCUUCAGCAGAAUAGAGAAACUGAAAGUGCAAUUUGCUAAUCUAUAUGUUGUCGUGACCCUCGCUUCCCGGGAGCAAAAUGAUUCGUUUAUUUGUUCUUACUUCAAAUCUGGAAUGGAGUUUGGCAAGCCAACAUUUGUACCAGUUCGAGACAUUGAGAUGGGCUUCGAAAAAAUCGUAAAGAUAGCUCACUCUCGUGGGGUUUGCAAGGGACAGGAUGCCACGACAAAACUGAAAUCUGAGAGAAAGCGAGCUGUGCAAGGAAUGGAUGUCUUCCUAAAAGUGGUGACGGCCUUACCAGGGAUUGACAACCAUGAUGCAAAUGCGCUUAAUCAAGCUAUUGGUUCGAUUGAAGCAAUUGCCAAAGCAUCGAAGGAGUAUAUUCUGGAAAACACAGACCUUUCAGCUGACAAGGCGGAGGUAAUUUCAAGGUUUUUCAGGGAUCCAAAAUUCUAUCUAGGGCCAAAGAUAAAUUAACAAGGACAAAAAAAAAAAAAAGAGUAAA